AUGGCGUACACAACGAGCAGCAGUAGCGACAGCGACGACAGCGACGACGACAUGGCUCUCAUAGCGGCGGAGCGCUGGGCCGCGAAGCGCCUCGUCGCGCCCGGGGCGCGCGCGCGCGUCGCCGACGCCAUCGCCGACGGCCACGGCGUCGCCAUGCUCAUCCACGCGGCGCGGCCGGACCUACUAAGAGACGCGCACGCUUUUGAAUCAGGCCGCGCCGAAGCGGAGAGGAACUGGUCGCUGCUCGAGGCGCGCGCACUCAAGCGGUUGGGGGUAAGGCCGCCGCCGCUCGACGAGUUGUUGCGGGGCCGCGACGCCGCGCGGCGCAGAGAUAAUGCCGCGCGGUUCUUACUUGAGUUGAGACGGGCGCUCAAGCGCGCGCCGAUGGUGUCGCCGCGUGUUACGCCCCGGAAACGAGGAGCCGCGCGCUCGCCGCCGCCGCCACAAUUCGAGGAGGGCGCCUUCGAGGCGCUCGUGGCGCGGCUGCGCCGGGCCGCGGCCGGGUACACGCGGGCUGCCAACGUGAGCGCCGCGAAAAGCAAUGCGUUCGACGAGCGCAUGGACCUCCUGCGCACGAAGAAUAGGAGCGACUUGGAGGCGACGAAGGGCCGCAUCGACGCGCUGAAGGAGGAGGUCGCAAAAGCGGACGUCGCGGCGGCGCGGUGCGCGCGCGAGGCGCGGUCGGCGCUCGUGCUUGGCCGGAGGCCGGCCCCGCGGACGCCGGCGUCGUCCGUCGACCUGUCGGCGGCGACGCCGGGGCUCGACGACGACCUGUCCCAGGCCUCGGCGCCGUCGCCGCUCGCCGAGGCCGCGCUCGCGCCGCCGGCGCCCCGGGCCUCGCUCGACGACGCGCCGCCGGCGCGGCGCGCGUCGCGGCCGGCCAUCGACAUGGCCGCGCGCCGCAACUUGCUCGGCGCCGCGUUCCCGGCGGCGCCCCGGGCGCCGCCGACGAUCGUCCGCGCCGCGGCGCCGCCGCCGACGCCGUCGGUGCCGGCGCCGCCGCCGCCGGGCGUGCUAGGGGUUGCGCAGGCGGCCGCGGCGGCCGCACAACAGCGGGCGAUGCCUCCCCCGCCGCGCCCACCGCCGAUGCCCACCGCCGUGCCAAUGCCCGCGACGGUACCGCCGCCGCGGCCGAUACCGCCGCCGCCGCCGGGCCGGCCGCCGGCCGGAGCACUCCCGCCGCCGCCGCCGCGGCCGCCGACGGGACUGCCUCCUCCGCCGCCGCGGCCGCCGUCGGCGCCGUUGCCGCCUCCUCGGGCGCCGCCGACGAUCGUCCGCGCGGCGGGGCCACCGCCGGGCCCGCCACCGGGGCCUCCGCCGCGAGGACCGCCACCGGGACCGCCGCCGCGCCGCCCGAGCGCGCAUCUCGCGCCGCCGUCGACGCCGGCGCCCGUGCCCCCGCCGCCCGUCGCGCCGCCGCCACGGCCACCUCCGCCGCGGCCUCCUUUGCUACCUGCCCCGGCAGUCGUGGUCGCACCUGCGCGGAAAUUGGCUCCGCCGCCGCCGCCGCUCCUUUCGCCGUGCGCGCGGCCCGCGGUGAAGGUCGUGCUCCCUACGCGCGCGCCGCUGGGGAGUAGGAAUUGAGUCUAUUCCUUCCACCCGUGGUUCGUCGUUGCUGUACUACUGAAGCCGGCACUCCUGUUCCGUUACCGUACGUCGGCACGAGAUAGUCUCCUUUUCCAUUACCGUGCUAAGACUAGCGUGCGGAGCCCCAGGGGAAGACGCGCGUCGCCGAAUCACCGGCCUCGGGCGCCGGCCGCGUCCAGGAACCUAGAGCUAUCCAUUAUUCCUAG